GAAUGGGUAGCUGGUCCGAAGCUAAAGUCACUGGGCACUUCCUCUGGAAAGCAGAGAUCGUGGGCUGAAGAUUUCGAAAGCAGGUUUGACCCACGUUUUUCUGCCCCUGGAGAAGGAAGGAGGCGCUGGGUACAGGGGGUGCCGCAGAAAGGGGUGGAGUGGAGUAGCCCCGCCCAUUGGCUGUUUGCCCGCUGUUGCUUUAAACCUCUCGAUAAAAACAAUUAAAAGUGCAGGGGAGAUUCCAGAUCCUUGCAGAAGGGAUCAGCUCCCGGCUGCUGAGUAGUGAAGCCCGCGACCACAGCAAAACUCUCAGCUCUGAACCUGGCAAGUGACCUGUCCCUGUCGCUGAAGGGGAGGACCUCCGGAACCAUGACCCCGAAAAGAAUUGCUGUGAUUGGCGGAGGGGUGAGCGGGCUCAGUUCUAUCAAGUGCUGCUUGGAGGAAGGCUUGGAGCCCGUCUGCUUUGAAAGAUCCGAUGACAUCGGAGGGCUCUGGAGGUUCCAGGAAAAUCGUGAAGAAGGAAGGGCCAGUAUUUACAAAUCAGUGAUCAUCAACACGUCUAAAGAGAUGAUGUGCUUCAGUGACUACCCCAUCCCCGACCAUUUCCCUAACUUCAUGCACAACUCCCAGGUCCUGGAGUACUUCAGGAUGUAUGUGAAAGAAUUUGGCCUCCUCAAAUAUAUCCGUUUUAAGACCUCUGUGUGUAGUGUGAAGAAGAGACCCGAUUUCUCCACUUCGGGUCAGUGGGAGGUGGUUACGGAAUGUGAAGGGAAAACAGAGGCGAGUGUCUUCGAUGGAGUCAUGGUCUGCACCGGCCAUCACACGGAUGCUUACCUGCCUUUGGAAAACUUCCCUGGGAUCGAGAAGUUCAAGGGACAGUACCUCCAUAGUCGAGACUAUAAGAACCCACUCUGCUUCACUGGGAAGAGAGUCAUUGUCGUUGGCAUUGGGAAUUCUGGAGUGGAUCUGGCUGUGGAGAUCAGCCACAGAGCCAACCAGGUAUUCCUCAGCACUAGAAGAGGGGCCUGGAUCCUGAAUCGUGUAGGGGAUAACGGAUAUCCCACGGAUGUGCUAUUGUCUUCUCGAUUUAAGUAUUUUAUGCAGAGGAUUUUUGGUGAAUCAUUAGCAAACUCUGUAUUGGAAAAAAAGUUGAACCAAAGAUUUGACCAUGCGAUGUUUGGCGUGAAGCCUAAACACAGAGCUCUGAGUCAGCAUCCAACAGUAAAUGAUGACCUGCCAAAUCGUAUCCUUUCUGGGAGGGUGAAGGUGAAAGGAAACGUGAAGGAGUUCACAGAAACAGCUGCCGUAUUUGAAGAUGGUUCCAGAGAGGAUGACAUUGAUGCUGUUGUCUUUGCCACGGGCUAUAGCUUUGCCUUUCCCUUUCUUGAAGAUUCUGUCAAAGUAGUCAAAAACAAGAUAUCCCUGUAUAAAAAUGUCUUCCCUCCUACCCUGGAAAAGCCCACCCUUGCAAUCAUAGGCUUAGUCCAGCCCCUGGGUGCCAUUAUGCCCAUUUCAGAACUCCAAGGACGCUGGGCCACACAGGUAUUUAAAGGGCUAAAAACAUUGCCCUCAAAAAGCGAAAUGAUGUCAGAAAUAGCUAAGACUCAAGAGCAACUUGCAAAAAGGUACGUGGAGAGCCAACGCCACACCAUCCAGGUAGACUAUGUAGAUACCAUGGAAGACCUUGCUGAGCUGGUGGGUGUCAAGCCCAACCUGCUGUCUCUGGCCUUGACUGACCCCAGAUUGGCUCUAGAGUUACUAACGGGACCCUGUACUCCAAUCCAUUAUCGUCUGCAAGGCCCCGGGAAAUGGCACGGAGCUCGAAAAGCUAUCCUCACCACCGAUGAACGCAUCAGGAAGCCUAUGAUGACGAGAAAAAUUGAAAGCACCGCUUCUGCAGCUCCAACCAUCACCAUGGCCAGGUUGAUGCUGGCUGUCAUUUUCUUUGCUGUGUUUUUGGCCUACUUGUAGCCAUCUCACUGCUGCUCCUCUGGUUUUCCUGGGAGAACAGGAUGUAGAGAUCAAUGUCCUCAGACUUCUAGAGUCUGAGAACAUUGAAAGGCUCUAGUUUAUAUCACCCAGAAAUCAAUUUUUGUUUCUCUUUCCAAAGUAAUGGUCCUCUUUCCUGUUCUCUCUCUCUCUCUCUCUCUCUCUCUCUCUCUCUUUCUCUCUCUCUCUCUCUCUCUCUCUCUCUCUCUCACACACACACACACACAUUCAUAUUAACUCACCUCCUUUCCUAUGUCCCAUCACUCUGUCUUUCCAGUAGCAUCUGAACUCUGGACUUAGGUAUUCUCCUAGUCCUCUCUGUGUGUGCUCUUCACAGAGCUAUUGGCAUGUGAUGGGUGCUUAGCACAUGCUUCUUGUUGUUUAUCACAUAUAAUGGUGGGUGACCACCUGUACGGGCAGGGAGGUUCCGUGAAACUCAGAUUCUGACAGGAUUCAGUAUAGCAUGCAUGUGGUUCCCCAUGCACUGCCAGAAGUAAGCCCUAAGCCCAGAGCUAGGAGUAGCUCCAGCACCCCAGCACCUCUGAUUAUGUUCAGUCAUCCCCCCUGCCACUUCAUACCCUGCCCUGCAUAAAAAAUUUGAUUUUCUUCUACUUAGAGGCUCAAUCUAUUUUUAUGCUAUUAUUAUAACUAAAAGUUCAUUUGCUGAAGAGAAAAGAAAAAUAAUGGCAUAACAGUUGUAUAUAUCAAAUAUAUACAUAUCUGAUAAAAAUAUCAAUAUUUACUUAAGCACUUUGUUUUACUACCUGUUCACUAACAUCUUAUAGCUGGUCACUUCCCUGCUCUUUUCUAAACUAACACUAUUUUUCUCAAUGAAGACAGUACUUGCCAUUUCCUAGGCACAUUAGUUAUUCUAAUAGUCUGGCAUCUGCCAAUAGGAUCAGCUUGUUAAGCAUAUUUGGAUUUUAACUGUCCAAUCUUUUUUGACCUCUUUGUUCCCUUGUUAGUACAAAAAGACCUUGCUGAAGGAACCUGAUAACUAGCUGCCAACUGUUGUAAUGGGCCCUACAAAUGUCACUUGAUUUGUCUCCUCUCAUAUCUGUUUUCUCUCUUGCUCCCUCUCCCAAUUAGAGUUUUAAAUGCUGAGUUAUUUGAAGGGCUGGGAAUGUCACUUAGAACCAGAGCACUUGCUUUGCCUGGAUUUGAUCCUGGCACCAAAACCCAAAAAGAAGUAUUGGAAGAAAUUGUCUCAGUAUUCAAUUAGAAUUGGUAUUGAAGGUCUGGGGCAAUAGCACAGCGGAUAGGGCGUUUGCCUUGCACGCGGCCGACCUGGGUUCAAAUCCCAGCAUCCCAUAUGGUCCCCUGAGCACCGCCAGGGGUGAUUCCUGAGUGCAUGAGCCAGGAGUGACCCCUGUGCAUUGCUGGGUGUGACCCAAAAAGGAAAAAAAAAAAAGAAUUGGUAUUGAUUAUAUAUAGACAUUGUGCUUGUCCUGAUCUCAUACAACAUAGCACAGAAAAACAGAGCAAAUGAGUGAAGAAUCAGGUACUGCCCCUGCUUCCUCCUUUGUGCCCGUUGGCUCUGUUCUUAUCUCACAGAGAAGGUAACUGGUAGCUUCCAGACACACUAAACUACAAGAGGAAAGGUACAAGAUGUAUCACCAGGUGUCAGUUCAAAAAUAGCUGGCAUGCAAUGCAUUUUGGUUUGCUUAUCCUGACAAAGGAUAAAUUUGAGUGAUUAAAAGAACAUUAGAACAUAUUGUCUUUCCCAAUAUAAAUAUCUGUUAGACAACCAGAAAUGAGAAGACCGCAAUUUCCUCUUAGUUGUGUAACUCUCUGGGUAAUUGCUAGCCAUUUCAUCUAAUUUGCCGGUGUGGCCUUUUGAGAAUUAGAGAAUUAAGAUUUUGUACUGCUUCUUAGUCUUUCCCUAAUCUUUGUGAUACUGGGGGCGUAGCAGCUCUUAAAGUGGAUCUGUUAUCUUCUAAUCUACAAAUCACUCUAGUUCAAAAGUAAAUCUGGUGGGCUGGAGCUAUAGCACAGUGGAUAAGGCACUUGCCUUGCAUGUGGCUAAGCCGGGUUCAACCCCCAGCAUAUCAUAUGGUCCCUUGGGUGAUUCCUGAGUGCAGAGCCAGAGUAACCUCUGAGCAUCACCGAGUAUGGUCAACAGGCCUCAGCUGGGUCAUCUAGGUUAGCAUCCACAGUGCAGUCUUGCUAGGCACAUGCCCAGGGGAUGUGAAGGAUUCUCAUCUCCGUGCUUUUCUUCCCCAUAAUACUAAUCUUGAGGAUAUCCUCAGACAAACCCAAGUUUAGGAUUAUGGUACGCAGUAUACCUACCUGCGUCUGAACAUUCAUGAUCAUCCAAGGGGGAAAAAAAGGAAAGUUUGAAAAAUGUGUUAAUAUAUAUAUAUUUUUAAAGAACACCUGAGGGCUAGAGCAAUAGCACAGUGGGUAGGGCAUUUGCCUUGCGCAUGGCCGACCCAGGUUCGAGUCCCAGCAUCCCAUAUGGUCCCCUGGGCACCGCCAGCAGUAAUUCCUGAGUGCAUGAUCCAGGAGUAACACCUGUGCAUUGCCGGGUGUGACCCAAAAAGCAAAUAAUAAUAAUAAUAAUAAUAAUAAUACUAACAAUAAUAAUAAUAUCACCUGAGGGAUGGGGGGAAACACGUGGCUCUGUGCCCAGUGGCCCUGGUGCUCUGGUACCCUCAGGUCCCAGCACUGAAUCCACCUGGUUGGCCAAGUAUCCUAGGGAUGACACCCAAACAUGCUUGGGAGUCCCCGAAUAAAUGUCUCAUGAGCACUAGCAUUGUGCAUCCAUUGUGCAUUCAGAUAGGGAAGUCCCCCCAAAACAAACAUGUUAUGUUAUAAAGGAACCUAAGCAGUUCUGACAGUUAAGUAUAAUGUACCUGGGAUGAGAUUCUGGAUCAUUAAAGUGAUAUUUUUCAACUAUGGGUCUAGGUUAAAAUGGUAUUAACAUAAACAUUAAAGAAAUAUUAGCAAAGUAUGGGUUUGGGUUUUAAAUGAUGUCCCAAUAUUGGUUUAUUAAUUGUGUCAAAUGUAUCAGAGUCACACAAGAUAUUAACAAUAUAGGAUAUUGUGCUUGGGAAUGUACAGGAACUCCAUCUUAACAACUUUUCUUCAAUCAAAACUAUUCUAUAAUUUAACAGUUAUUUUUAAUUUUUUUGGCUGAGAAUUUGAUCCAAAGCCACAGUCUAAUGGAAUUUUCUCAGAGGAAGAAUGAUAUUGGACUGCAUUGUUCAUGGAAGUUAUUAUAUUUUCUUCUUGAUUAACUCUUCAAAUUAAGUAGCUUUAAUAAAGCAUAUUGUGAUUUACUAUA